GCCGGCUAUUCCGAGAUGGAAACAAAUUUCCUCUUUCAUAAGUAUGACAAGGACGGCGACAACAUGUUGGAUUUCGUGGAAUGCCGUCGGAUGCGGGAAGAAAUGUCUCUGGGAAUUGCAUUCCAGCCUGCUGACUCUGAUGAUGAGGAUAGCCACUUUGAAGACCACGAAAAAAGCCAACAAGGGUCUGACAAAAACCUGUUUGCUGAACUUGAGGACUGUGAAGAGCUGUUUGAACGCAUAGCGGACGUGGAGAGAAACGUCAACACAGCGGUGAAGCAGAUUUGCUUCAUUUUGGGCAAACUGCAAAGCGCCGAGCGGCACAGAAGAGAGGACGAGCACACUCUCAUGAAGAGCAUACUGUGA